UUUCAUGCAUUAGAAACUUUCCAUUUCUUCCUUCCCUCAAUCCAAAAUAUUGUUGUUCUCCCAAAGCUUUCAACUACUAUAUAAAUUGCCCCCAUUCCCUCAAAAUAAAACUCACUCAAUACUCUUUAAUCUAUCACAAUAUAUAUCCACUAAAUCCUUCCAAAAUGACCUUUCAAAAUGGUGUCUCUUCCUCCACGAAAGCUCAACUCCAUGUCCCUACCAUCGGAACCGACCAUAAUGAGCUUGUGAAAAUCAUUUCCUUUUCUCCUAUUCAAAAUGGUACUCAUAAUGGCACUCAAAAUGGAGCUCAAAACGAGACCUCUUUUUCACCCGUUUUUCCUGGCUGCUAUGUCGAUAUUGCCCCAUGCUAUCCUGAGGAGGCACAUGUCUAUAAGCUAGAGAAGGUCAUAUUCAAGGGGAAAUCCCAAUAUCAAGAUCUUUUUGUUUUUCAGUCACCAACACAUGGGAAGGUUGUAAUCUUGGAUGGCUCCCUUCAGCUAACAGAGAAGGAUGAGUUUGCUUAUCAAGAAAUGCUCACUCAUCUCCCACUUUGUUCUAUUCCCAAUCCCAAAAAGGUUUUGCUGAUUGGGGGUGGGGAUGGAGGGAUUCUUCGAGAAAUAUCUCGACAUGCUUGUGUGGAGCACAUCGACAUUUGUGAUCUCGACAAAAUGGUGAUCGAUGUUUACAAAAGGUAUUUCCCAGACAUUGCUAUCGGGUACAAGGAUCCUCGUGUGAAUGUAUGCAUAGGCGACGGUGUGGCCUUCAUCAAAUCUGUUCCUCCAGCCACCUAUGAUGCUAUUAUAAUUGAUGCAUUUCAGGGCAUGGGGGCUUAUGCAACAGAGCUUUCAAAUGAAGACUUACUUAAAUCAAUGGCAACGGCUUUGAAGCCCGGUGGCGUAAUGUCGACUCCGGCUGACAGCAUAUGGCAAAACAAUUUCGCCAUGGAAGAUACCAUAACUCUUUGCCGUGACAUCUUCAAAGGCUCUGUAAACUAUGCUUGGACCUCUGUUCCUUCAUAUCCAAGUGGAGUGAUCGGCUUCAUGCUCUGUUCAACCGCCGGUCCAUCAGUCGACUUCAAACACCCGGUGAACCUGUUGGAUCCAGGAAAUUUUGGUGUUGCAAAAGGACCCCCUAAGUUCUACAACCCAGAGAUCCAUACUGCUGCGUUUUGUCUUCCUGCAUUCGCAAAGUCGGCGAUGGGUUCCAAAUACACAUGAG